UUUCGGUCAAAAUUGGAGUGACAACAUGUACUGAUUCGAACCGACAACACGUCUGUGGUCUCGUACAUUAAUUGCCAGCACGGCGCGCAUUCCAGAGCUCUAUUCAAACAGGCAGCGAGUCUCCUGUUGUGAACGAACCGACAAUUUCUCUCCAUAAGAGCGGUGCACAUCCCUGGCAUCCUGAACCGUGGAGCGGACAUGCUUUCGAGGAAUUGAGUUAUUGGUGGCUCCCCCAUGGCAAAUACCCCUCAGGAAGGACCUGCUGUCUCAGGCGAAUGGCACAAUAUCGCACCCCAGCCCUGAGCUGUGGAACCUUCAUGUGUGGCCACUGCAGGCACGAGUGCUGAGCACACUUAAGGAGGUGUGCGCACCUUCUACCAGGCGCCUCAGUUGCCCUGCCUGCCUUAUCUGCUGAGCCGUCUGCCUCGUGUGACGCUGAUGCUCAAAGCGCUGUUUGCCCUUUUAGGGCUUUGCGGAUGUAUGUGGAUCGAUUGGCCACCUUUCGUCAGUCGGACCAGCUGUUCAUGUGCUUUGGUGGUUGUAAUAAGGGACGUGUUGUAACCAGCUAUGCAGUAGUUACCAUGGCUGCUAACUCUGUGUUAUGGUUUAUAAGGUUUAUGCAGUUGUCACCGCUAACGCUGUCGACUCUGUGUUUAACUCUCGUGCUUGAGUGCGCAUUGUGUUGUGUCUGCCCUAUUCAGUGGAUCCUUCGCAUGCAUUGCAUGAAGAUACGCAAAUUUUGUUAGGCUCGGAGCAGAUGUUUCAUUGGUCUAAUUCCGCAUAUCAGAUGCGACUACUCUUAGCGAUGCGGCUAUUGGCUAGAACUAUCUUGCUUAUGUGUGGGUGUGAUUGACCCCGUUCAGGGCUUACCUUCAGUGCUCUCACGGUGGGAUUUUAUACAGUUCCCAUACACAUCUUAGCUGACAUAAUGUUGAGUUACCGCCUUGAAAGGGAACGUUUCCGGUUACUAUCGUAACCUUGAUUCCCUGAGAGACGGGAACAAGAAAUUACAUUAGCAGCCAUGGUUGCUGUUUGAUCAGUUGUGCUAGCAUUCAGUCGUGAUUCUGACGUAAUUUUUGCACCCAUGCAUUUUAUACUGCCCGGAAGGGUGCCUGUGAGUGGCCGCUAUGCACCCUGUAUGUGCACUUCUGCUGAGCCCACAACAUACAGUGGGAUAUUUAUAUACAUACAUUAGGAUUUUAAAAGGCUAGAAUUUUUUACUUUUAGUUUUUGAUUUUAAACAUUUCAUAUAAAUUCACUCAUGCUUUUAUGUGAGCUCUGUGUGAAAUCUUUCAAAAUCAUUUGAUCUCCCAGCUGUAUGUUCCUCUCCCUUGAUGCUGUUGAUCUUGGAAAGACUCAACAAGUCUAGUGCAUAAAAGGCAGCAUGGGUCAUCGCACGUGAGCAUAUGUAGAUUGUGUUUCAGUGAGAAGCAGUUUAGAGCUUUUGGAGAUACAAAUAGCAUGUUCAGAAGUCUUUAUGUGGUUAUGCAUAUAUUGCACUUUAUAUGAAAGAACAGAGAAUAAUGCUCUGAUUGGAAUUUGAUGGUUCUUAUUAUUUCCCAAUGAAUCUUACAACAAUGAACCAAAGCGAUGUCUGUCAGAAAUAUUCGUGUCCAGAGAGAUCUGUUUCUUUUUCUGUCUAUGUGAUUCUGUAUGCGGCUGCAGCAGCUGUGUCUCUUCUGACCGUGUGUGGAAACCUGCUGGUCAUCAUCUCUGUUAGUCACUUCAAGCAGCUCCACACACCUGCGAACAUCCUCAUCCUCUCUUUGGCUGUGUCUGAUCUUCUAAUUGGAGUUUUUGUGAUGCCACUGCAUUUGUCUUGGGUCAUUGAAUCAUGUUGGAUUUCUGGACCACUGAUGUGCGCUGUUUUAAAAAUUGUGAAUAGUCAAGCAACAAGUGUGUCUGUUCAUACUGUGGCUCUGAUAGCAAUUGAUCGGUUUUUGGCUUUAAGCUCUCCUUUUCUUUACUCUGAGAAGAUAUCACCCACUGUCACCUGCAUAGCAACUUUAUUUAACUGGCUGUUUUCACUCCUUUAUAACUUUACUCUUCUUUUUGUUAAUGAAAACUUCAAUGAUGUCACAUGUCCAGAAAUAUGUAUUGUUAUUGUAGAUGUGGUUUCGUCAUUUAUUGACCUCAUAGUUGUGUUUCUUAUGCCUUGUACAAUCAUUAUAAUAUUAUACACUCAUGUUUUUGUCAUUGCUAAGAAACAUGCGACUGCUAUAAGAGCUCUUCAGAUUCACAACAGAACCGGAUCCUCCAAAAACAGAGUCGGUGACAAAUCAGGACAAAAAGCUGCCAUACUGCUAGGGAUUCUGGUCGUUGUAUUUCUUCUGUGUUUACUGCCGUAUUAUAUUUGUACUUUAGUGAUUCCGUACAGUGAUGAUGAUUUGUUUCAUGUCAGAGAUGUCACCGUAACGAUUUUCUUCCUGAACUCCACCAUUAAUCCCAUCAUUUAUGCUUUAUUCUAUCCCUGGUUUCAAAAAAGCUUAAAAUUAAUUUUCACAUUUAAAGUGUUUAAUAAAGACUCAUCCUUGAUGAAUGUGCUUUAACUCCCUGAAUGUAAGACACUAUGCUUUUUUUGUCCUGAUCUUUGCAUAUAGGCAAAUGCUUUUGCUGCAUAAUUUUAUUUUGUCAUAUAUUAAACUUGACUGUGACGGCAUGGAUAUUGUUUUUAAUUAUGCCAGUAUACUGUAUAACAAUGAUA